GUUUAAACCGACAAGUGAGAAAUAGAAAUGGGGCUAUCUACGUCAGUUGUGCUUGCCCUUUUGGUCGUCGUAGCCCACGCCUCCGGCUAUGGCGGCUACAGUUCAUACAGCGGUUACGGGAGCUACGGCGGCACCGGUGCACAUGGAUAUGGUGGCUACAAACAUCAUGGCUCCUACAGCCACAGCGGAAAACUCAGCUAUGGUCAGGGGUAUGGGUAUGGAGGUGACUAUGGCUACGGUGGGUAUGGCCACGGUGGAUAUGGCCACGGUUACGGUCAUGGACACGGAUAUGGUUAUGGCUACGGCGGUCAUGGACAUGGCGGUGGACAGUUUGGCGGCAACGGCAAUGGAGGCGGAAAUGGCGGCGGCAAUGGCGGCGGCAAUGGCGGUGGCAGUGGAUUUGGAUACGGUUACGGGGGUUACGGACCCGGUUAUUAUGGCUAUGGUGACUACGGCUACGGUGGUUACGGUUACGGCCAUGGCUACGGCGGCUAUGGCAAUGGGUUCGGUCACGGUUACGGGGGCGGAUACGGGCACGGAUAUGGUCCAUGGUUUGGUUAUGGCCAUGGCUAUGGUGGAUAUGGACACGGUCAUGGUCACGGUGUGUACGGUUAUGGAAAAUAUUAAACCAUUUACAAAAUUAUGUGUAUAAAGUGCGACAGCAAUAAAAACGUACCUUUCC